AUGGACGAUCCACUUCCUCAGAGCCCCUACAAGACCCUGAACGUUCCCAAAGAUGCAACCCUCGCUACCAUCAGGAGCGCUCACCGGAAGCUUGUCCUCUCGUGCCAUCCGGACAAGGUGCAGGAUGAGUCUGCGAAAAAGCAAAAGGCGGAGCAGUUCCACCAAGUACAACAAGCCUACGAGAUCCUGAGCGAUGAGAAUAGAAGGCAGCGUUAUGAUGAGAAGGUCAAACUAGCAGAGCUAAGGGCUGAGAUGGCCGAAGAGCGAGGAUCGUUUCCGUCUCGGAGAUCAUACGAACAUGCAUCGCCGAGGAAUGGAUCUACAUCAAAGUUUGAGAUGCGAGGCAACACGAUGUACGAGACUAGGGAACCUGCUGGCAGUCGAUAUGACGAGCCAGAUGUGUUUCCUGGCACGUAUGCCGAGGUUCGCCCCUCAACGUCUAGAAAAUACACAGACGACCGUUAUACUACAUCCUCGUCAAGGAAAACGUCUGGGUCUGGGCGAACGCAUGAGGAGAGAAAGAAGUCGCGAACAUAUGAAGAAGAGGCGGAGGAUGAUCGUAGGAGAGAGCGGCGGGAGAGGGAAGCUGAGCGAGCAGCGGAGGCAUUGCAACGAGAUCAGCGAACAAGGCGAAGAGACAAGGAUAGAAGGAGAGAUGUGGAAUCGAAGUCAAGAAAUAAGUUCGAAUCCUUCGUAGAAUCCUUCGUGGAGGACGACGGCUCGGAUUCCGAGGUCGAAGAACGAUAUUAUAGCAAAAGCAAGCGGGAUUCCCCGCCUAAGAAGAGAAGCGGGGAUGAAGGCAAGAAGAGGAGUGGAGACGAGCGGAAAAGAAGUGGGGAUGAGCGAAGAAAAGAUCGAGACGAGCCACGGAGGAGUGGCAAGCGCGAGGUGAAGGGGUAUAAUGAUGACGAACUGGAAUGGAAAGAAUCCCAGGCUCGAGACCACAUCAACAGAUCCCGCGAUGUAGUCGAUACCCUACCUCGCCGUUCCCAAGGACGCAACAGAGCAGCUUCUACUCUUGACUCUAGAAUAGUACCACCUCCACCUCCUGUUGAAAAACGCGCCUCGGGACGUAGGAGUGAUAGCCGAGCUGUCAGUCCUAUUGGGAGAUCUGGGAAAGACAGACGAUCACCUGAGAUUGUGGAGCCACAAAGGCCGAGUAUGCCCGGCCACUCGUCAGAAUCGUCCAAAAACAAGAGCUACUUUGGCGCUUCGUCGUCUUCGAGGAGAGAACCACACCGUGCAGCGACCUAUCAGCCUUCACCUGAACUCAAGCAUCCGUCAAUGCGCCGGUCAGAAACAAUGCCGGUAGACCGAAUGCGGCCAGGCAAUCCCGUGCCCUUGAAGUCAUCCAACCUAAAGAACAUGAAGGCGCCCUCGGAUACUAGCGACAGUAGUAGCGAAUCAGAUUCCGAGAUGACGGAAGAGAACCAUCCACCACCAAGACCGACUCCCCUUCAAAGAAAAACUACGUUUGGAAUUUCCCAGGAGGGGGCAUAUGUAAUGGAACCGGAAACAGUUCAGUCACGUCCAAAAGAGAGCCGUCGAACGUCAGAGCGUCCAUCUAUGGGCUCUCGAGGAGGAUCAACUAGGUCGCCCCCAGUGGCACGUCCAAUGUCGUCCGCAUUCCCACCAGAUGAGCGGCGCCCAGGUCUCGGUCGGCACGAAUCUGCUCGCAAUACACCACUGAAGACUCGAGAUUCCGGUCGUAGUGGUGAGCUCUUUGGUGAAUACUCACCUCAUUCUCCAACCGAAGAUACUUUCAGACGUUCUCCUAAGACGUCUGGCGAUGAUGAGCGCCACGCCAGGCCCUAUAAUCCAAAACAGUAUCCUCGACGGGGAUCUGAAGAGGUACACCGCGAUGACUACCCGGGCUCUCACCGACCUCGUAUGGGACGCAGCGAAUCGCAGCAGGUCCGGGUCUGA